AUGGAGGGUGCCAUUAAAACUUUUGUGCUUGUGAUGCUAGGCGGUGGAAUUCUUGGAAUAAGCGGCAUACCAAUACUUUCAGUUGAAUUGGGGAUAGCUUUUUCUGUCUUGGCGUUGGGUAUUGCAAUUGCUUUAGAAAAAAAACUUUCACCACUGUUAGCGAUGGUGUUUGUGGGGUUCUUUGCGAUAUUUCAUGGUCAUGCGCAUGGAACUGAGAUGCCGUCUCUGUCUAAGCCUGUGUUCUACGCUUGUGGAUUUGUUCUCGGAACAGCUGGCAUUCAUAUUGCGGGUGUUUUGAUUGGCAUUAUUGCGGAUAGAUACAAGGAGGGCGGACAGUUGCUGCGGUAUGCAGGUGCAGGUAUCGCUGGUAUUGGAUUUCAUCUUAUUAUCGGCUAA